UAUAUAAAGCCGUUCCGUUCGUCUCAUUGCUGAACAGAUGAAAUUCACAUUUGCAAUGCGCUUAUUUGCUUGUGCUCUACUCUUUGCUGCUUUGCUGGCCAUGGCAACAGCUGAUGUUGUCAUCAAUGGCGUCUGUCAGGAUUGCUCGCCGCCUGAUGCUGAGACUUUAGUGGUGGGCGAUCGGGUGUACAAGGGUCGCCCCGGACAAGGCACUGUCUAUAUCAAUGGCCAGAGUGGGCGUGGCAGUGGCAGUGCAGCCGGUGACAGACCCUAUGUGGUGCCCGAGGGCUAUAGCGGACGUGUGCCAGGCGGCUCCUACGUCCACAACUCCGACUGCAAUGGCUGCGACAUUCGCGGCUAAAUUUCACUGUAUUUGCAUGCCAAGUUGUGCUUUUGAUGGGUAUGCAGAAGGGAUAUACAUGGGAUAUAUAUAUGUUUGACUAGCUGCAAUUUAAAGAGCUUAUGUUAGUGAAAGAAACCAAAAAGAAGCCAACAAGAAGAAGCUUUAAAAAGC